AUGUCAGCACUGGACUACUCCCUGACCGUCAAGAGGCUGGUCACCGAAGCCUGCCCCGAGUUCUUUGACUCCAAUGGUGGCGUCAAGAAGACAUGUGCGCCGGCUUAUCACGCGGCGCUCUACCGACAUUUUCUGGUCGGACUUUCGUCGGAGGAGAAGCGUCUGCUUUCUCGUCAGGGCGCGAGAUCUUUUGACACGGCCGUUCAGGAGCUCAUCCGGGAGGAGCGACUGGAUCCCGCUCACGAGAGCGACCAACAGCCAUCUGGACGAACGGUUCAUUGGGACUUCAACGAGUCCAACUGUCAUGGAGUGAACGAGCAGGUUCUGUACACCUUCCGGAUGGACGUGGGCCCCCUCCGGGCCGGCGCCACGGCGGCGGCCGCCCUGCACCUCGCGUCCCUGCCGCAGUGCGCCGUCUGGCUGUGGACGGACGGGUCCGCGGCGGGCGGAGUCUCGAGGGGCGGAGCUGGGGCCGUGCUGGUCUGGCCGGAUGAAGAGACCGAGGAGCUGCGGGUCCCGGCCGGACAGCUAUGUUCCAGUUACCGCGCAGAGAUGGUAGCGCUGGUGACCGGCCUGGAGACCCUAACCCAAAGAGACAGAGACCAGGACCUGCCUAUCGUGGUCUGCACGGAUAGCCUCUCAGCAGUGGCGACCCUGCGCAGCGGCCCGGCCGCCCAGACCUCCCCGCUGGGGGUAGCGGCUUGGAGAGCCAUGUUCGCCCUCUCGGAUAAUGGCCGGAAGAUCCACGUCCAGUGGGUCCCCUCGCACUGUGGUGUGGAGGGUAAUGAGCGAGCCGACAGAGUGGCCCGAGAGGCCGCGGAACUACCACAAGACAGCGUGCCUGCAGACAUCAGGACAAUCACCCGAGCGGUGGCUAGGGCCGCCCGCGACGACACGGUCCGGGCCUGGCCCCCCGGCUGGUUCCGGUCGCUGAUGGGGGGCCGAUUCCCCCCACCGGUGGCGGGGCUGGACCGGGAGCGCGCGGUGGACGUCCAACAGCUGCGAGCCGGGCACUGGUCGGGCUCCAGGGCCUACCUGCACAGGAUCGGGGCCGUUCCCUCUGUGGGAUGUGAGGGCUGCCGCGACGAGGGCUGUGUGGCGGCCCGCUGCCCCCUGUGCAAUGAGGAGCCUGACACGCCGGCACACGUGCUGCUGAGAUGUCCGGCGCUGAUGCGACUGAGACAUUCAACCCUGGGUCACAUCCAUCCCAGGCUGGAGGAGGUCCGGGAGACCUCAGUGGUGGCGGCCCUGGCGGCCGCCGCCAGACGCUUCCAGAGCCGCCUGGCUAUGCUCCCGUGA